AUGGAUAAAUAUUCUAAAUCGGAAAAUUGUAAAUUAAAUUUCAAACUGGAAAAUUAUAAACAUGAUGUGGAUCAAAUAAAGGAAACAUACAAUUUAUAUCAAAACAAAAGUAUGGAUACAUUUGCAUCUAAUUCGACAAUAGAUGAAAAUAAAAUUGUAAAUAUAAACGACUUUUGUAACACAUGUAUUCUACAAAACAAUGAAAAGAACCCAGAAAAAAAUGCAUCUUUUUCAGAUGAAAAUAAAAGUAAUAAUAUGAUGGAUUUCUUAAAAACACCAUUAAUAAAUGAAAAUAAUUAUAACAAUUAUAUUAAUGAAAUAAACAAAGAAUUAAAGAGCACCGAGAAUAUGAAUACAUAUAUGGAUAACUACAAUGAUAGUUUUACUAAUCAAACAAAUAAAUUUAACAACACAUGUAUUAAUUGUUCAUAUAAUAAUGAUAGUUAUAUUUGUAAAGAUAUGAAUUGUACAAUAGAUUUUGAAAAUUAUGAAUUUAAUAAUUAUAAUCAGAAUGAUGCAUCUAAAUUAUUAAAAAUGUAUAUUAAUAAAAUAUUUCAAGAUUAUAAUAUUAAAGAUAAAACACAAAAAAAUACAAACUAUAAUGAAUAUUCUGAAAAUAUACAACCGUCCAAUUUUUCGAACAAUGAUAAUAAUAAUAAUAUAGUAUCUGAAAUAAUUAAAGAGAUUAAUAUAAAAAAUUAUGACAAUUCUGAAAUUUGUAAUAGAAAAAAUGAUAAUGUUAUUACAAAAAAUAUUGUUAAUAAAAUUCAAAAUUAUUUAAAAAAUUCCAAUUCGAUUUCCACUAAUAUUGAAAACGAAAAUAAUUUACAACAAAUGAUAAUGAAUGAAAUUAGAAAAACAGAUUUAGAAACGAAUGGUUGUUGUUCAUGUCAAACAUUUGAAAAUAAUAAAAUUUGCAAAAAAAUAGAAAACAAACCAAUUAUUUCAAUACCAUCUAUUCUUGUCUAUAUUUCUACAAAACAUUUAAAUAGUAAUGUAAAAAUGAGAUUGAAUAAUAAUGUAUUUCCAAUAAUAAAUAACAAUAAAUUAUUUAAAUAUAUUCAUAAUGAAUUAAUUUUAGGAAUAUUCAAUUUAGAUUCUAAUAAAUAUAUAGAACAAUUAAUAUAUAGUAUUAAAAAAUGCUUAAUUGAAAUUCUUGAUUAUUUAAAAGAUAUAAAUCAUAUGUAUAUAUAUAAUAUAAAUGAUGACGAGUAUUUUUAUCAUUUUAGAGAAAUAAUGUCUAUUGAAUUUUCAGAAAUUGAUAUGAAUUCUAUAAUUUAUUAUUCAAAUAUUUAUAAACAAAUUUAUGAUAAAUCUGAAAAAACAAAAAAAACAAAAAAUGACAAGAAUAAUAAUCGGAGAAUUAUUCGUGCAGUGUCUAAAAUAUUUUUACCUUAUUUAAAUAGAUGCAAAAUAAAAAAAAAUAAUAAAGAAAAAAAUAAAAAUUCAGAAAAUCAUUUUUCUGAUUUUAAAAAUGUAAAGGAAGUUGAUGAAAAAGAAAAAGGUGAAGAAUGUUUAAUAAAUAAUAAUGAAAAAAAUAAAACAAAUGCUCGAAUUUUAAAAAGAAGACAUAGUUCAAUAGAUGAAAAAAAUGUUCAUAAACAAAUAAAAACUGAAAUAGCAUCUAUAGAUUUAAAUAAUAGAAAUGAUUCUGAAAAUACAAAUUUAUUAGAUACAGACAGAACUACAUUAAACAAACAGACUUGUAUUGAAAAUAGUGAUAAAGAUGCUAGUGAUUUUUGUGAACAUCAGACAAAAAUAGAACAUGGGGAAGACAAUUACGAUUCCACAAAAGUUGAUUCUGUUUGUUCUAAUUUUAAGGAAAUCAAAGAAAAGAAGGAUAAAUAUUGUGAUGCAUAUAAUAAAGAUAUUGAUAAUAAUAAAAUGGAAGGUGUAAAAGAAAAAAAAGAUAUGAUUCAAUUUGGAGAAGUAGAAAAAGAGAUAACUAAUAAUUAUAGUGAAAAGUGUAUAAAGAUUUAUGAAAAAGAUGAAUUAUUUUUUAAUAAUAAGACACAAAUAUAUAAAGAUAAAACAAGUACAAUUGAUAAAUUAGAAACAGAUGAUAUAGAUGCAUCUUAUAAAAGUACAUUUUCCUCUAAUGAUGUUUUAAUUAAAAAUAAUGAAAUAAUUUCUAAAAGUUUAGAAAAUAAAUGCGAAGAAAAAAUGAGUUCAGAAAAUUGUAUUAAUUUAAAAAAAGAUACUUCUUUAACAUUUGAUAAUCAUAAUAAAUGUAAAUUACUAUUAAAUAAUAAUGUUAACAAAAAAUAUGGAAUAAAAAAAAUAUCACAAAACAAGGAAAUGUCCAAUGAAAAAAUAAUAAAAAAAAUAAAAAUAGGAUAUAUAAAUAAAAUAAUUAGUAUAAUAUUGUGUAGAAAUUUAUUAAAAUAUUCAAUAAUUUUUUCUCCAAUAUUAAGAAAUGAAGGAAUUGUAUCAAAUAUUAGUGUUUCUAUAUUUAAUAAUAUGAUUUUAAAAUUAAAAAAUAUAAGAAUAAUGGAUAUAGAAAAUUCAAGAAUGCGUUCUUUUUAUAUGUAUAAAAAUAUGUCUAAAGUUAAUUCUGAAAAUUACUUAACAUUUAAUGGAUUUCCAAAAUAUACAAAUAUAAAUAAUGGUAUAAUAAAUUCUCAGUUUUUUCAAACUUCGCAAAAUGAUGACAAAACUUCAAAUAAUUUAUAUGCUUUAUAUAACACAGAAGAAAAAGUAAUAAAUAAAUUUUUAUCUUUAAUUCCUGAAAAAAUAAAAUCACAAUUUAUGAAUAAUACCACUAAAGAUUCAUCAGAAAAUAACAGUUCCUAUAAUAUUAAUAAAAUAAAAAAGUUUGUUGAAAAUUAUUUAAAAAUAAAAAAUGUAAGUUCUACUCCUUUUAAUGAGUUUUCUGAAUUAUGUGCUGGUAUUGAAAAUAUCGAUUCAGAUAAUGUAUUUGUUGAAAAUAAUGGAAAGGUUAUUCAAAUGCUUCGAGAAUUAAUAAUAAAAUAUGAAGAACAAACAAAGAAAAAUGAAAGAAAUUAUGGAAAUAAAAUUUUUGUUAAUAAUAUAAAUUUAGAAAAAGUUGAAUCAAAUGUAGAACCCGAGGUUGAAAAUACACAAGAUGAAAAUACAAAUGUAAAAGAAAUAGAAAAAGGUGAUGAUAUGAUUUCAAAUAAUUCUAAAUUUAAUAAAUCAGAUAAAGAAUCAUUUAUAAAUUUUUUAAAAUCAGAAUUGUUAGAAAAAGAGUCAAAUGAAUAUGACACAUAUUUAAAAAAUUUGUUAAAUGUAAAUUCGAAUAACAAUUUUAAAAGGAUAAUUGAUGAAAAACAAACAUGUAAUAUAUUUAACGAAGAUAACAUAAAUAAUUGUAUGAAUUGUAAAUAUAAUGAAAAUAUGAAUUAUAAUCAAAUUUUAAAUAUAUGCAACAAAUUGAAAUAUCUAAAUAAUUUAAAUUGUGAGAAUGAAAAUACAACUUUAAAUUCUACUUUUAAAGGAAUUAUAGCUAAUAAAAUAGGUAAUAUUUUAGCUAAUAAUUCUAAUAUUUUAAAUAAAUUAAUUUCAAUAAUUUUAAAUGAACAUUAUUUUAAUAAUAUUUUCUUAAAUAUAAAAAAUGAUAAUAAAUCGCAUUGUAAUUUGGAUGAAUAUAAUUUGGAAGAAUUGUCUAAAAUUUCUAGACAGAAUAAUGAUGUUAAAAAUGUAAAUGAGGUUUUAAAUUUAUCUGAUUUGAAUAGUAAGUUAAAUAUUAUGAAAAAUAAAAAUAGAGAUUUAUUAAUUCCUAAUAAUUAUUUAGAGUAUAGAAAUGGAAAUAAUUUUUAUAGUAAUUGCUCUUCAUGUUAUAAUAAAAAUUAUUAUAAUUUUAGUAAAAAAGGAGAAUCUGAUUAUAAAGAAAAUAAUAUUGAAAAUAUGAACAAUUUCAAUUUUUUCAACAAAAAUGCUAACUGUUGUUGUUUAUUAAAAUGUGAAAAUAUGUGUAAAAAUGGAUUAAACAAUAAAGAGCAUGAUUAUAACGAUUCUAUGGAUUUUCAAAAUAUUAUGAAACAUAUUUUAGAAAAAAAUAAAUCAAAGGAAAUAAAUAAUAAAUUUUAUUCUGAUUUGUUGAAUUAUUUGCAAAAAUUAUGUGAUAAAAAUAAUGGAGAAAUUAUGGGAAACGAUUAUGAAUCUAUUUAUAAUAAUAUUGAUUUGAAUUUUAUGGAAGUAAAUCAGAAUACGAAUGAUGUAAACAUAAAUAAUAAAAAUAUAAAUUUUAGAGAAAUUCAAAACUUAUUUUUAAAAAUGAAAGAAGAAUUAUCACGCGAAUGUGUUAGAAAUUAUAAUAAUAAAUCUGAUCAGGACAUUUAUGAAAAUUCUAAUAUUAGAGCAGAUAAUUUAAAUGUGUUAGGAUUUGGUAAUAAAUCAGAAGAAGAAAAUAAUAAUGAUAUUAAUUUAGAAACUGUUUAUAAAGAUUUAUUAUUUAAAAGGUAUGGUAAUCAGAUGCAAUUAAAUAUUGAAAAUCGGAAUAAUAAUAAUAAUAAUAACGAAGAAAAUAAUUCUAAUUUGUUUUAUGAAUAUGUUAAAUAUAAUAAAUCUGAAAAUAAAACAAAAAAUGAUUUAUCAUCAUUAUAUAAUUAUGCAUCAUAUAAGCCUUGUUUAUCUAAUAUGGAAAAUGCAAAAAAAAAUAGUAAUAAUCGUUAUAUAAUUGAUAAUAACCUUUAUAGUACAUGUUUAUGUACUGGGAAUUGUGUAUGCUAUAAGAGUGAUUAUUUUAAGAUAAUUGAUAAUAAUGAUUUAAAAGAAUAUUUAUCAAAUUUGUCUUAUUCAAAUAUGAUUAUAGAUACAAAUAAUGAGAAAAUGGGAAAUAUAGAUGAACUUGGAAAAUUUUUAUUAGUUUCUGUCGAUAAUAGACGAAAUAAUAUGCAUAAUUGUUUAAAUAUUAAUAAAAAUGAUGAAAAGAUGGGAAAAAUUAUAAGUAACAAUUCUUCUAAUUUAUUUUUAAAUUCUAAUAAUAAUAAUGGUGAUAAUAUAUUAGGAAAUACAACAAGUUAUGAUAAUUUAAAUUUUAUGAAAGAAUUAUAUGGUAAUGAUAAAAAUAAUAUGUAUAUAUCUUGUGGAAAUAAUAAUACAAAUAUUUUAAGAUCAAACAAAAAUAAAUUUGGAAAAAAAAACAAUUAUAAUAAUUUGAAUGAAGGGGAACAUAAAGAAAAUAAUGAACCUCACAGAAAUACAGAUAAUCAAAAAAUCGGAAUAAAAGUAGAUAAAAAUGGUAAAAAUGGAAAUAUAUCUAUGAACGGUUUAUUUGUAAGUUAUGGACGUGGACAAAGGACAAAAGGAUUAGAAAAAAAUAAAAACUCAGCGGACAAUGCAAGUUCGAAUAAGAAUAGUGGAAACACAAAAGGAAAUGGAUCUAAAAGAGGCAAUGGAAAAGAUAAACAAAAUGGUGGAUGUUAUGUAGACAUUGGUGAAAAUUAUGAACUUAAAUAUACAGUUGCUGAAUUAAAACCCCAAAGAGGAGUUUAUUUUGAUAAAUUUCAAAAAGCAUGGAUAGGAAGUUGGUAUGAAGAAGGCAAACAAAUAAAACGUCGAUUUAAAAUUAAAUAUUAUGGUUGGGACGAAGCUAAAGAAUUAGCAACAAAAGCUAGAUUUUCUUUUGAAAAUCGAAUCAAAAAUUUAGAAGGAAAUAACGGAAAAGGUAAUUCUAGUACAUCUAAAAAUAAUACAAAUUCAGGAGAAAAGAAUGGAACAAAACUUACAGUAGUUAAUAAUAAAAAAAGUGGAAUUCAGGAUAUAGAAAAUAAUAAUAAUGAUAGAAUAAAAACAAGAAACAGUUCAAAAGAUGUAGAAGAAAAAAAUAAUAAUGAAAAUGCUGGAUUUGAUGAAAAUAAUUUUAAUGAUAUAGAUAAUCAUAAUAAUCCAAAUGAAAAAAAUAAUUCUGAUGAUAAAAAAAAAAAUAAUAAUAUAGAUGAUGAAAUAUGGAGUAAUCAAGAAUCUCAAAAUUGUGAUUCUAAAAUAAGAUAUGAUAAAGAUGAAUAUAAAUCAGGAGUAAAUACUAGAAGUGGACAUUUUACAAAAAAAAAUAAUUUUAAUAAUAAAAAUAAUAACAAUUGGCUGGGAGAAAGAUAUGCUGAUUAUAAUAAUUUAGAUAUAAAUAUUUCUGGACAAAGAUCAUUUUAUAAUGCAUAUGAUAGUGGAAAUGGUUGUGAAAUAGAUGACGUUAAAAAUUGCUCAAAUAAAUUAUAUGAAUAUGAAGAAACUGAAUUAGAUAAUAAAAAUAGUAAUUUAUUAAAUUCAGGAAAAAAAGGAUAUACAAAAGAUAAUAACUUUAAUAAUAAUAAUGGACAAAUAAAAUAUCAAAAUAAUAAAUAUAAUGAUGGAAAUAACACUAUCACAUAUGCUAAAUCAAAUACAAAAAAAGGAUGUGAUCAUAAUAUAAUUGAUAAUUCUGUUAUAUUACCUCAAGGAGUGUUUUAUCAAGAUUCUAAAAAAGCUUUUUGUGCUAAUUGGUAUUCAAAUGGAAAACAAGAAAAAAGAUAUUUUUCUAUUAAUAAGUUUGGUGAAGAAAGAGCUAGAAGUUUAGCAAUAGCAGCGCGAAAAAAAUUUGAAAAUUUGUAUAAAAAAAAUACUAAAAAGGAUUAUGUUUCUGGAAUUAAUAAUAUACAACAAAUUGAAAAUAGUAAUUCAGAAAUAUUAAUUUCUAAAAAAAAUGAUAAUUUAAAUGAAGAACAUUUGAAUUUUGAAAAAAAUGAGUCUGGUAUUGAUUACACAAAAAAAGAAAAAGAAAUGAAUGAUGAUAAAGAUUUAGAAGGUAAUAAUAAUGAUGAAAAUAUUAUUGUUAAAAAAAAUAAUUAUAUAGAUAUCAAUAAUAUGGGGAUAGGUAAUAGAUGUAAUACGCGAAAUGGUUCUAAAAAUAUUAGCUUCGAUUAUAAUAGUGAGCAUGGUUUUGAAAAUGAAAAUAAUCAUGAUGAUAAUGAAGAUAAUAAAAAAGAAGAUGAAAAUCGUUGUGUACAGAAUUUGAAUAAAAAUGAGAAUGAAAAAAAAAAAAUAAUUAACCAAGUGAAUCGUAGCAUUAGUACUGAUGUAAUAAAGGAGCAUCUUAUUGAUAAUAUUAUAAAUAGUCAAGGAUCAAAACAUAAUGAAGAAUAUCAUAUUGAUUGCAAUGAAGAAAAUAGUGAUAUCAACCAUUUUAAAAAUAAUAAUUUAGAGAUGAAUGAUAACAAAGAAAAUGGUAUAAUAAAUAUAGAAAACGACAAUUAUGAUGGAAAUUGUCUAAACAAUGAUACAAUACCGAAAAUAUGUAAUAAUGAUCAUAAUAUAGAAGAUAAUAAUUUUGAUGUAACUAAAAUGACAGAACAAAAUAUGGGUUCACAUUUACUUUUACAAAGAAAUGAUAAUGAAAAUAAAGAAAUAUCAAUAAAAGAUAUGAACAUAAAUGAUUAUAAUAUGGAAAAUGAUUCUAACUAUGUUAAUAGUAAUAAUAAUAAAGAAUCAGAAGAAGAUAUGUUUGCAAAAAAUUCUCAAAAAGAUGAUUUAAGUCCAUAUAACAAAUCAGAUAAAGCUGGAUCAAUUCCAUCUGGUGUUUAUGUUAUUAGAACCAAUGGAGUAGUACAAGCAUGGAGAGCUGAAUGGAAAAGUUCAAAUGGUUGUAAAAAAACCAAAAAUUUUGGAAUAAGCACAUAUGGAUAUGAUUUAAGUAAAAAAUUGGCAAUUGAAAUGAGAGCUAGAAUGGCUGGUGAAUGCUUAGUCGCGGAUGAUGGAACCAUUUUCGAUUAUAGAAAUAAAGUAGAAUCGAAAGAUGAAUGA